UCCUCCGCCCCCUCCUCCCGCUCGCUCCUCCAGUAUCCCGGCGUGCUGCGGGAAUGACCGGCGGGCUGGCGCGCUGUCCCCUCCCCCCUUCCCCGCUGUCCGUCAGUCCGCAGGGAGCGGCCGCCAUGUUGGAGCUCCCCUCACCUCAGAAGCAGCGGCGGCGGCUGGAGCGGAGCGGCGAGGUGAUGCUCCAGUGAGAGGAGACGACCGCCCAGCCGGCUUUGCAGGAGGAAGAGCGCUGCCGCCGCCUAUUAUUGUUAUUUUUGUUUCAGUUAAAUUUUUUCUGCGAGGAGGAGGAGGAGGAGGGACAAUAUACACCCAAGCAAACAAUAACAAGCCCCCGGUGCAAAUGUCGGCGUGCGGGGAAUAGAGCCGGGCGAGAUGCUGAAGGUCUGCCCCCUGAUGAAGCGGCGGGCUCGCUGAGCAGCGGCAGCGUUUCCCCUCUUCCCUCUCCCGCCCCGCCUCCGGCAAGGACACCCCCUUCCCCUCCCCUCCUCUCCUCCCCGACGUCGAAGCGAGCCCCCCCCCCCCCCCCCGGGAUGGCCGAGCCCGGGCUGUGAGACGGUGGCCAACAAGCCUUGGGGCCUGGCGGGGCGGCUUGUGAGGAUGGUGCCCGGGCGGAUGUCUUCACCGGCAUUACCGGCGCGGCUGGCUUCCAGCUGGACAUUAUCUGCUGCCUGCGAAUAAAGGGAGCCGCUGGGUGAUAAAUAAGCGAGCUUGAGACUACUCUAUCCCCCCUCCCCUCUCCUCCCCUCCCACUGCUGUCCUUUCAUUACCCCUCCCCAGAGCAGGGGAGGAGACGGCUUGUCCACCCCCGGCGCUGGAGGGAGCGAGCAGCCGGCCGCCUCUCCCCGGAGCCAAGAUGUCGGCGGAGGUGCGCCUGAAGAAGCUGGAGAAGAUGCUGCUGGACGGGCCGCGGAGGAGCGGGCUGGCGGUCAGCGUGGAGACCCUGCUCGACAUCGUCGUGUGCCUGUACGACGAGUGCGCCAACUCUCCGCUCCGGAGGGAGAAGAACAUCUCCGACUUCUUGGACUGGGCCAAACCAUUCACUGUUAAAGUGAAGCAGAUGCGGCUCCAUAAGGAAGACUUUGAAAUCCUGAAAGUUAUUGGCAGAGGUGCAUUUGGCGAGGUUGCCGUUGUGAAGUUAAGAAAUGCUGACAAGGUUUUUGCCAUGAAGAUUCUGAACAAAUGGGAGAUGCUGAAACGAGCAGAGACUGCCUGCUUUCGAGAAGAGCGGGAUGUGCUGGUAAAUGGAGACAGCCAGUGGAUUACCACAUUGCACUAUGCUUUCCAGGAUGACAAUUAUUUGUAUCUUGUGAUGGACUACUAUGUGGGUGGAGACCUCUUAACGCUACUCAGUAAAUUUGAGGACCGAUUACCAGAAGACAUGGCAAAAUUCUACUUGGCAGAAAUGGUGUUGGCCAUCGAUUCAGUUCAUCAGUUACACUAUGUGCACAGGGACAUCAAACCAGACAACAUUCUUCUGGAUGUAAAUGGGCACAUCCGACUAGCAGACUUUGGCUCCUGUCUCAAGCUCAUGGAAGAUGGGACAGUCCAGUCUUCUGUGGCAGUGGGGACCCCUGACUACAUUUCCCCUGAAAUUCUUCAGGCCAUGGAAGACGGCAAAGGAAAAUAUGGGCCAGAAUGUGACUGGUGGUCACUCGGUGUUUGCAUGUAUGAAAUGCUUUUCGGGGAAACUCCUUUCUAUGCGGAGUCUUUAGUGGAGACAUAUGGGAAGAUCAUGAAUCACAAAGAGCGAUUCCAGUUUCCAGUCCAAAUCACCGAUGUCUCUGAAAAUGCCAAGGACCUCAUCCGGAGGCUUAUCUGCAGCAGGGAGCACCGGCUGGGUCAAAAUGGGAUUGAAGACUUUAAGAAGCACUCAUUCUUUGCCUGCAUUGACUGGGAUAACAUCAGAAACUGUGAAGCACCUUACAUUCCUGAAGUCAGCAGCCCCACAGAUACAUCAAACUUUGACGUAGAUGACGACUGUUUAAAGAAUUCUGAGACGAUGCCUCCACCUACACACACGGCUUUCUCUGGGCAUCAUCUUCCCUUUGUAGGGUUCACGUACACCACGAACUGUAUUCUGUCUGACAGAAGUAGUCUGAGAGAUGCCGCUGGAUCAUCCUCGACAGACAUUGAUAUCAACGUUCAGCGGACUUUAGAGGACAGCUUGGCCACAGAGGCUUAUGAGAGGAGGAUACGACGUUUAGAACAAGAGAAACUUGAACUAAGUAGAAAACUUCAAGAAUCUACACAGACUGUUCAAGCUCUUCAGUAUUCAACUGUGGAUGGUCCACUAACUGCAAGUAGAGAAUUGGAAAUUAAAAAUUUGAAAGAAGAAGUAGAAAAAUUGAAACAACAAGUAUUAGAUUCUGGUCACUUGGAGCAGCAGCUCGAAGAAGCAAGCCUCAUCAGACGAGAUUUUGAAGAGGGCUGCAGGCAAAUUAAAGCACUUGAGAAACAAAUCAAAACUGCAAAGCAAGAGAAAGAAGAUCUUCAAAAGGAAAUAAUUGAAUCCAGUGAAAGGUUGAAAGUACAAACCAAAGAGCUCAAAGAUGCCCACAGUCAGCGUAAACUGGCAAUGCAAGAGUUCUCAGAGAUGAAUGAGAGAGUUACAGACCUGCGCUCCCAAAAGCAGAAGCUUUCUCGCCAGCUCCGGGACAAGGAGGAAGAAAUGGAAGCAAUGAUGCAGAAAACUGAGAGUUUGCGACAAGAUCUGCGGAGAGUGGAGCGGGCCAAAAAAGAGCUGGAUGUGCAGAUGGAACAAUCAGCUGCAGAGGCAACGAAGGAGCGGAAGCUGCGAGAACGGAGCGAGCAGUACGCAAAGCAGUUGGAGGAUGAACUUGAGGGGCUCAAGCAGAAGCAGGUUGGACGAUCCCCUGGUGUGAGCAGUACAGAGCAUCAGCAGGAAGUGGCAAAGCUUAAAGCUGACUUGGAGAAAAAGACCGUGUUCUAUGAGGAGGAGCUGUCUAAACGGGAAGCCCUGCAUACUACUGAGAUCAGGAACUUGAAGAAGGAGCUUCGGGAUGCAGAGGGACAGCAUCUCACCCUCAAGAAGGAAAUAAUGAUUUUAAAAGACAAGUUAGAAAAAACCAGGAGAGAAAGUCAAAAUGAAAGGGAAGAGUUUGAAGGCGAAUUUAAGCAGAAAUAUGAGCGGGAGAGGAUCAUGCUGAGUGAAGACAACAAGAAGCUAUCAAAUGAACUCGAUAAGCUCACGGGGAUGUUUGAGAAGCUGACUGCAAGCAACAAACAAAUGGAGGAAGAGUUACGGGACCUAGCAGAUAAGAAGGAAUCUGUGGCACACUGGGAGGCGCAAAUCACAGAGAUCAUCCAAUGGGUGAGUGAUGAGAAGGAUGCUCGGGGCUACCUUCAAGCACUGGCAACCAAGAUGACCGAGGAGUUGGAGUCAUUGAGAAAUUCCAGUUUGGGAGCACGAGCAACAGAUAUGCCCUGGAAAAUGCGCCGGUCCCAGAAAGUGGACAUGUCAGCUCGAUUGGAGCUACAGUCAGCACUUGAUGCAGAAAUCCGAGCAAAACAGGCCAUCCAGGAUGAACUCAAUAAGGUCAAAGCUGCCAGCAUAUCUACAGAGUGCAAAUUGCAAGAUGGUGAGAAGAGAAACCUGGAGCUGCUAACUGAAAUUGAGAAACUCAAGAAAGAAAUGGAGGAGAUAAAAGCGGAAAAGGGUGUAAAGCACCAAGACUCACAGAAUUCUUUCUUGGCAUUUUUGAAUACACCUGCCUCUCCUCUGGAUCAAUUUGAACAUUCUCGUACCUGUGUUCCAGCUAGCAAAGGCAGACGUAUUGAUUCCAUUGAGAAUUUCAACCUUUCCAAUUCUCCUUCUGGCGAAGAGGUGAAAUCACAGGUACAUUCUCGUUCUCGGUCACCAUCGACAGCAAGUGACAUUGAGCCUGUGGAGGGGGUAGAUCAUCCUCCUCGUCCAAUACUAACACCAACUAUCAGGUCCUCAUACAGUGGUUCCACAGUCUCAAACCCAAAGCCCAAAGCUCAUCAGUUUGUCGUGAAGUCUUUUAAUACACCAACAAAGUGCAAUCAGUGUACAUCUCUGAUGGUUGGCCUGGUACGCCAAGGUUGCACAUGUGAAGUGUGUGGUUUCUCAUGCCACGUGACCUGCGCAGACAAAGCACCGGCUGUGUGCCCCAUCCCACCCGAUCAAACAAAGGGUCCACUGGGGAUAGACCCACAGAGAGGAAUCGGAACUGCCUACGAGGGCCACGUUCGGGUACCUAAACCAGCUGGAGUGAAGAAAGGCUGGCAGAGGGCACUGGCUGUGGUUUGCGAUUUCAAACUCUUCCUGUACGACAUAGCAGAAGGCAAGACGUCACAGCCGAGUGUGGUGGUUAGCCAAGUUAUUGAUAUGAGGGAUGAAGAGUUUUCAGUAAGUUCUGUGUUAGCUUCUGAUGUUAUCCAUGCCAACCGGAAGGAUGUGCCCUGUAUCUUCAGGGUUACAGCUUCCCAGAUGUCAACGUCCAACAACAAAUGUUCUAUCCUGAUCCUGGCUGACAGUGAAAACGAGAAGAAUAAAUGGGUGGGUCUGCUGAACGAGCUGCACCGGAUCCUGAAGAAGAACAAACUGAAGGACCGAUCGGUUUUUGUUCCAAAAGAAGCUUAUGACAGUGCCUUGCCACUGAUUAAGACAACGCAGUCAGCCGCCAUCAUAGAUCACGAAAGAAUAGCACUGGGAAAUGAAGAAGGUUUGUUUGUAGUGCACGUCACCAAGGACGAAAUCAUCCGUGUUGGUGAUAACAAGAAGGUCCAUCAGAUCGAGCUCAUCUCAGGAGAGCAGCUGAUCGCAGUUAUAUCCGGGCGGAACCGCCACGUCCGCCUUUUCCCCACGACAGCCCUUGAUGGCCGUGAAGGCGACUUCUUCAAGCUGGUGGAGACGAAGGGCUGUCAAACACUGGUGUCAGGAUUGAUGCGCCACGGCACUGCCACGUGCCUGUGCGUGGCCAUGAAGCGCCAAGUGCAGUGCUACGAACUCAACCAGAGCAAAACCCGCCACAAAAAGUUCAAGGAGAUCCAAGUGCCGGGGAAUGUGCAGUGGAUGGCCAUCUUCAGCGAACGCUUGCUUGUCGGCUAUCAGUCGGGCUUUGCCAAGUACCCACUGCAGGGAGACGGGGGUCCUGUCAGCCUACUGCACCCAGAUGACCACACGCUCUCCUUCAUCACUCAGCAGCCCAACGAUGCAAUCUGUGCAGUGGAAAUUUCAAGCAAGGAGUAUUUAUUGUGUUUCAGUACUGUGGGCGUUUAUGUGGACUGCCAGGGCCGAAGGUCAAGGCAGCAGGAGCUGAUGUGGCCGGCUAUUCCCACGACAUGCUGUUACAAUGCUCCAUAUCUGUCUGUGUAUAGUGAGAAUGCUGUAGAUGUAUUUGAUGUGAACACAAUGGAAUGGAUUCAGACAGUUGCACUAAAGAAGGUUCGGCCACUUAAUACAGAGGGAUCGCUUAACCUGCUUGGCCUUGAGACAAUCAGGCUAAUCUAUUUCAAAAAUAAGAUGGCAGAAGGGGAUGAGCUUGUUGUUCCCGAACAUCCGACAAACAGCCGCAAACAGAUGGUGCGUAGAAGCAAGAGGAGAUAUUCCUUCCGGGUUCCUGAAGAGGAGAGGCUUCAACAGAGGAGAGAGAUGCUUCGCGAUCCAGAAAUGAGGUCCAAGUUAAUCUCAAACCCAACUAACUUCAAUCAUAUUGUACACAUGGGGCCAGGUGAUGGCAUACAGAUUUUGAAGGACCUUCCGAUGAACCUGCGGCCUCAGGAUGAGAAGAGUCGGACCAUGUUCAGUGCUUCUGUCAGCAUCCCUGCCAUGGCACGGUCUCGCACAGAGCCAGGACGCUCCAUGAGUGCCAGCAGUGGCCUCUCAUCAAGAUCGUCGGCACAGAAUGGAAGUGCCCUUCGAAGGGAAUUCUCAGGGGGUAAUUACGUCAACAAACGACAGCCAAUGACGUCCCCUUCUGACGGCUCUCUGUCCUCCGGGGGGAUGGAUCCUGGAAGCGAUGUGCCAACGAGGGAGUUCGAACGAGAUGACUCUGAUUCCCCCAGACACUCCACGGCCUCCAACAGCUCCAACCUGAGCAGCCCACCCAGCCCAAUUUCACCCCAUAAACCACAGGCCCUCCUGCUGGAAAACACAGAGCACGUGAGCUGGGAAACAUGAGACCACCGACUCCGGAGGGAAAUUCCAACCAAGCAGCCCUCACUCUUGUCUCGCUGCACCCGUCCCAACUCCUCUCUCUGGUUCUGGCUGGGUGGAUCCAGCAGAUCUGGUGAAAAGCAGCAAAAAGCAUUGUGGAGCUGGGACAGGGCCCGAUCUUGUGAAUCUCUCACACACACACACGCGCGCACCAUGUGGAAGCUUUUACCGCGCUGACCAUUUUACCCCCUCUCUCUCUGUCUGUCUGCUCCUCUCUCUUUCUCUCUGCACCCCCUCUCUCUCUCCAAACGAGGAGGAGCGAGUUGAUUUCCUCUCACACACUGACAUUCUCUGCUCUUUCUGGAUGUAGCUUACCUUGUUUCUUUACGAGAAUGGACCACGGUUAGGUCUUGUAACUGAUGUUUAAGAUGUUGUUUCUCAUUGCAGCCUCACUAGCCACAUAGGUCCUCAAAGAAUAAAUAGGGUUGGGGGGUGGUGGGGAGGGUGGGGGGAGAUGCAGUCUCGAAUUUCAAUCAUCACUUCAAUCUGUUCCAGAUACAGUGUCAGCGGGCUUUUCUUUGUACUAGUGUGCUCAGUCUUUUGAUUAUGUUAUUUUGCAAUAAUGAUGUGUGUACAUCUGCAAACAAAUCACCAAACCUUAUUUUACUAAAAGAAAAACACACAAAAAAUUCUUUUGUGAUAUAGAAUAUAUAUAAAGUAUAUAUAUAUAAAGUUGUGUAUAGUUUUACUUGUUGAAACAGCGGCAGAAGGAAAGGUUACUGUGUGUGUGAUGUCACGGACUGCUGGUAGAUUCUUAUAUAAAGUUCCUCAGUGUAGUGAACCCAGGUGAAGCUGAAAAUGCAAGUUUGGAACAAAAAGUGGAAGCAGCAGCUUGGAAGCUGUGAUGAGACGUCCUGAGGGCAACUGUACUUUAGUUAAUAAAGUCCAAUAUGUAGACAGAGAAUGACUGAUAUAUGUUGCAUGUUGCAAAGUCAGGAAACCAGACUGCACUGGUUGGAGACUCUGAUCAGUGGGGACCUGUCGAUCCAGUUCUGAAUAAACAAGGCCCAUUUUUGUCAUCGUUCCCAGAGUUUGAUCAGGUAGCCGGAUCCUGGAGCAGCACUAACUUUGUAUACACUGCUGCUGGGCAGGACUAGCUAUCCCUGCUUCUCCUCACUCCAGCCCUUCCCAAAUAUUCGUCUUUUAUUACACAUUAGAAAUCCCAGAGAACACUUCAGUUAGCUUGCUCCGCCCAGUUAAAAAAAUUCCUACAUUCCCUUUUCUUCAGCCUCUUCAGAUCCCCUCUCUGUCAGCCUCACUACUUUCCAUACACUGCUUGUUGCAAGCAGGGAACAGUAGGGGCAAAAAAUUCCUCCAAGAAGGAGGGCAUUCCAGGGUGGCUGUUAGAUAGUGGCUGAGGACCACUCCUCUUAGAACAGAAUAGUAACGUGUGCCCUCUGAUCCCUUCCCAACCUUGACUGCCCUUUAACCCUUACCCAAGCCUGAUGAUCCCUGUCUAACCCUGACUGCCCUCUCCCACUGAGUCCAAUCUCCUUCUGACCCCUCCAAACUUGACUGCCCUCCCCAACCCCUACCCCUGAGCCUGACGAACCUCUCCACCUGCCCUCUGGUGCCUGUUCAACUCGACUGCUGUUCGUUACCCACCAAGCCCCAGUUCGGCUCUGACUUUGUAAAUUGAGCUCCAAAUCGGCUUAAUGCAAUAAAGGGCACAUUUGGUUUCAGUGAAAUAGUUUCUAAAGUGUUUGACGUCUGAUUUGAAAAUGCAAGUGAAAGGUUCCCUCUCCUCCCUCCCUCCCACUCACUUCCCAACAUCUGCCACUGUCCUUAACCUUUGCUUCCUGAUAGAAAGGUGCGUGUGCUGGUCAGGUGGGAGUGGAGGUGGGCUCAGUCCUCAGCGUUGCAGAAUAGAGAGCACCUGGGAGCUCUCUGAGCAGGAAGGAUACAUUUACAGUAUUGUGUUCAGUGGGCACCGAGCUGCCAUUGUCCACAGCAGUUUCAUAUCAUUUAUUUUCAAGAGCUUUAGGGUUUCCCUUUUGUAAGAUUAUUGUACAGUUUUGCAUGUCAUAGAUGUAAUCAGUUUUUUUUUUAAUUUUCUUUUUGUCCAGGUUAAAGGCUGACUUCAGUAAAUUAAUUGCUUGGCUUGAUCACUCCUUUCUCCCCGUUAAAAUGUUUGUAGGGGUUAAUUUGUAAGAGAGACUCUGCCAAACGCAGAUUCUUUUGCACAAGAAUAUUUAAGGUGGGCGUCGGACUAUUAAAGACCAGCCACCAUUAUUUUAUGUUGGUGACACACACUAAAUAUUAACCAAGACUUUGAUGUAUUUCAAUAAAACAGGGAACUGUUACAA